AUGAGUGUGGUGACAUCCAGGUUGACUAAGGAGCAGGAGAAAAAGUUGUGCACAUUGCUUGGUCAAGCCAAACUCAGCCUGUUAUUCAAAGCCACUGUCCAUGGAUAUAACAAUAAUUCUUUCCACCAGAAGUGUGAUCGGCAAGGUCCAACGGUAACAGUGGCCUACAAUAAGUCUGGCUAUGUUUUUGGAGCAUACAUCAGCAAAGAUUACGCUCAGACAGGGCAAAACGUCACUGACGACAGAGCUUUUCUCUUCAGUUUUUGCGACCACAAGCCAAAAGCUAAGCCUCUGCAUGUUGUUAGCAACAACCCUCAGUAUGCAUUCACCGACAGUAGUAUGGGUCCAAAUUAUGAUUCUCUGGUGUUCCUUUAUAACAACACAGCCACUGUCCAGAGUAAUCCUGGCACAUACAAUUUUGACCCAAUUCAAAUGCACGGGAAUGAUAUUCAGCUGAUAGAGUGUGAAGUUUAUAGAGUUGAGGAUUAUGGAGGUCUUAUGGAGACACCAUGGAGAAAUAUUCAGUGGACAUCUGAGAAGAGGAAGGUCCUUAUGGAGACCAUCACAAAUUGGAGGCCUGAUGUGGGCUCUGUGAAGCAAGCCCGGAUGCUGCUUGUCGGACCUGUUGGGGCUGGAAAGUCCAGUUUCUUCAAUUCCAUCAGUUCUGUGUUCAGAGGUCAUGUGACCAGUCAGGCUAACACAGGCAGUGCUGGGACUAGCCUGACAACACAGUUUCGUACUUACUCCAUCAAGGCAGGUCAGAAAGGCAAGACUCUGCCCAUCAUUCUCUGUGAUUCCAUGGGAUUGGAGGAGGGUUUAAACUCUGGGAUGGAUAUGGAUGACUUCACUAGCAUUCUGAGGGGUCAAAUGCAGGACAGAUAUCAGUUUAACUCAUCAAUGCCUCUGCAAACUGAAUCAGUGUAUUUCCGUAAAUCGGUCGAGCUGAAGGACAAGAUUCACACUGUUGCAUAUGUGAUUGAUGCCAGUAAAGUCAAACUCCUCCCUGACAAAAUGAUUGAGAAGUUUGCUGCUUUACGCAGGAAAGCCAACCAGAUGAGUGUUCCACAGCUUGUCCUCCUGACAAAGGUGGAUGAGGCCUGUCCUUUAGUGGCAGUAGAUCUGAAGAAUGUGUAUCGCUGCAACUACAUCAACAGAAUGAUGCGGGAGGUGAGUGAUCUGCUGGGAGUUUGUCUAUCAUCUGUGGUCCCAGUAAAGAACUACAGCCAAGAACUGGAACUGGAUAAUGACACUGACGUCCUGCUCCUCAGUGCUGUGAAUCAGAUGCUCCGUGUCACAGAGGGAUACUUUGAUGACAUUUAUGAGAAUGACAGUUUGGAUAGGAUUAAGCCUCUGUUUUGA